ACUCUGCGCCUUCACCAUGGCUUACAUAGCCAAGUCCUUCUACGACCUCAGUGCUAUCAGCCUGGAUGGGGAGAAGGUAGAUUUCAAUACGUUCCGAGGCAGGGCCGUGCUGAUUGAGAAUGUGGCCUCGCUCUGAGGCACAACCACCCGGGACUUCACCCAGCUCAACGAGCUGCAAUGCCGCUUUCCCAGGCGCCUGGUGGUUCUUGGCUUCCCUUGCAACCAAUUUGGACAUCAGGAGAACUGUCAGAAUGAGGAGAUCCUGAACAGCCUCAAGUAUGUCCGCCCUGGGGGUGGAUUCCAGCCCACCUUUACCCUUGUCCAAAAGUGUGAGGUGAAUGGUCAGAACGAGCAUCCUGUCUUCGCCUACCUGAAGGACAAGCUCCCCUACCCCUAUGAUGACCCCUUAUCCCUCAUGACCGAUCCCAAGUUCAUCAUUUGGAGCCCCGUGCGCCGUUCAGAUGUGGCCUGGAACUUUGAGAAGUUCCUCAUUGGGCCGGAGGGGGAGCCCUUCCGCCGCUACAGCCGCACCUUCCCCACCAUCAACAUUGAGCCUGACAUCAAGCGCCUCCUCAAAGUUGCCAUCUAGCUGUGCAGCAUGCAGAUCUACUGCAUCCAGCCCCUGAGUCUCUCUCCUUAGGGUUCCGUGUGCCCUCAGGAGAUGCUGCUGGACCAAAGCUUUCCCUUGGGAUCAGUCCCUUUCAUUGAAGAGCCUUGCCUUUCCAGUCCACCUGUCUCCCUUCCCUCCCACAACCUUCUGGUUGGUGAUUCUAUUUGGCACUCCAAGACUUGGGUGGCUCUGGGCCUUCACAGAAUGAUGGCACCUUCCUAAAUAGUAUGGGCGGUGUCUGAGAAGUGUGAAGGGCUCAGAGCCAGCCUGCUAGAUGAGUCCAAUAAAGGGCAGGUAUGGAAA